AUAAAUUUUAAGUUUACAAUGAAUUUUAAAAAUCCAUAUAAAUAUUUGUGGUCAUUAUCAUUUAAUUAGAAAUAGCAUUUUGUGAUUACCUAAAUUAUUUGCUCCUUGAUACCAUUCUUUCACAUCAUUUAAGGCUUUCCCUUAAAUAUAAGACUUGAAUAGUUGAUUUUUUUUUUUGAUGAGGCAGGAAAGACAUUCUUAUCUCUCUAUUCAUUUUUACAGAAGUGAGAUAGAAUGCAUUCUGGAUUUAUCCAAUAAUAUGCAACUCAGCUGAAAACCCUACCUACUGUUUAUCUCAGUUAUGAAGUUCUUCCAAACAAAGAUGUCUGAAAGAAAUUGCACUCCACCAACUGACUUUAUUUUUACUGGUUUCACAGAUUACUUACCUCUCCGAAUCACUCUGUUCCUUUUAUUUUUGAUCAUCUAUGUUUUGACUUUGGUGGGAAACAUUGGUUUAAUAGCCUUGGUCAAUAUUGAUUCUAAUCUUCAAACUCCCAUGUAUUAUUUUCUCAGUAAUCUCUCCUUUCUAGACCUCAGCUAUUCCACAGCCAUAGCUCCCAAGAUGCUGGUGAACUUCUUAUCUUCUAAGAAGAACAUUUCUCUGUAUGGUUGUGCCCUUCAAAUGUACUUCUUUGCUUGCUUUGCUGAUGCAGAAUGCCUCAUUCUGGCUGCAAUGGCCUUUGACCGCUAUGCAGCCAUUUGCAAUCCAUUGAUGUAUUCAACGCUUAUGUCCAGGAAAGUGUGUGUCUUCUUCAUUGUCUUGGCCUAUUUCAGUGGAAGCAUGACUUCCCUGGUUCACGUGAGUCUGACCUUCGGUUUGCCAUUCUGCCGAUCCCAUGUCAUCAAUCACUUUUUUUGUGACAUACCACCAUUAUUAGCUUUGUCUUGUGCCAAUACUACCCUCAAUGAGGUCCUGCUUUUUGCUUUAUGUGGUUUCAUCCAGACCAGUACUUUUGUGAUCAUUUUCAUUUCUUACUUCUUUAUCCUCAUAGCUAUCCUGAGAAUCAAAUCAACCGAAGGGAGACGCAAAGCUUUCUCUACAUGUGCAUCCCACUUGACAGCAGUGACAUUAUUGUAUGGUUCUGUGACUUUCAGUUAUAUUCAGCCAAGUUCUCAGUAUUCCAUGGAGCAAGAGAAAAUAUCUGCUGUAUUUUAUACACUCAUCAUACCUAUGUUAAAUCCCCUAAUUUAUAGUUUGAGAAACAAGGAGGUAAAGGACGCUGUAAAGAGGUCAAUCACUCGAAAAAAUCCACAUAACUGAUUUAUUCCUUAAAUUAAUCUUGACAAAAUAAUAACAAUAAUGUGAAAAAAUAAAGUUUUUUUCUAUUAGCAUCAUGUUAGUAAUACCAUCAGAUUUAAUGAUAAAUUCAUAUGUAAUUAUGGACUUUCCGGGGAAAAUCAGGGGAAAUAAGACUUUUAAACACCUACUAUGAUCUGGUAACUCUGCAAAUAUCAUCUUAUUUCAUAUGCACAAUGAUCUUGCUAGGUAGGUGGUAUUACAAUCAGUUUAUAAUUAAGAAAAAUGAGGUAGACUGAGAUUGAGGCUUCCUCAUUGUUACACUGGUGUAAAAUAUCUAAGGCUGAAUUUGAACUCAAGUAUCCCUGAUUGCAGACUUGGUAUUCUAAUUAUAAUACCAUCUAACCGAACAAUAUGAUAAUUUGAAAUCAGAUUACAAUUGUGUGAAGAGAUGAUAGUGACUUUAGGAUAAUGUAAUUGGGACCUAUCCUACAAACACAAAGAAUUUGAGGUCAGGAUGGGAAAAUAAAUUGUCUAAAAGUCUAAAGAGGGUUAUGAUAAUGAGGAUGAUGCUGAAAUAUAUAGCUGGCUCUGACAUAGAUUUUUAAUUGACAAAGAGCUGUGUGUGCAAUUGCGUUUACACACUAAUUCCUUUUCACUCUAUAAUAUCUGCACCAAUUGGAUUCUAGACAUAAAAUUUUCCCAUUUUAUAAAUUGAAGCUCAGUGAGAUUAAAUGAUUUGUCAGUGGCCACACAUCUCAUAAUAUGGGUGACAUUUUAUGUAAAACACUUUAACUUUUCUACUAUAUCAUUCAAAUAUAUUUAAUGGAUUUGUUGGAAGCCAGUGACAGGAAAUUAAUAUGUCUGUUAAGUUUUUGUUUGUUUGUUUUCCCCAGAAACAAAAUAAUAGAUCCUCAUAUGUGGGAAUUACCUUGUCUCAUAGUGUGAGUCAAUGAAAAAUGGCAAUUGAACAAAAAUCAAUAUGAUACAACAUAAUUCGUGGUACUUUUUAAAAACAUUCAACUAAAAGUCAUCUUAAUUAUUUUCAUGAAUAAAUUGAAAGCAUUUAUUAGAUUAUCUGAACCCUUGUAGGACCUCAAAUCUUAGUUCAGACAGA